CCUCGAUGGGAAACCACGGAUUUGGUUUCCCCGCCCUGUCCCGCCCCCGCGGCCCCGAAGAGGGGGAGGCAGAGGGCGAAGAAAGAAGCCUUCCACACGCCCCAAAAGGGCUGCGGGAUGGCGCCCGGGGUGGCCAGGGUGAUCCGCACCGACGCCAGCACCAGCCGGGCCUCCUCCCCCACCGCCGCCGCCUCGUCUUCCCCGACAGACGCCGGGCUCGUCGACCAAGGCUACGCGGGGUCCUGCCCAGCCAUGUUGAAGGCGGCCCAGAUGUUACUUCUGCUGAUAGGAUUCAUCUGCAUCAGAUCUUCCUGGUGGACAGAUCACAGCACAUACAGCUUCUUUGAAAUUGUCUCCAUCUGUGACUUGGUUAUGAUUCUCAUCUUCUACAUUGUCUACAUCUUCAGAAUCUACCGAACAAUGACCUGCAUCAACUGGCCGCUGGCAGAAUUUCUCCAUUACCUAAUAGGUACUAUCCUGCUUCUCAUUGCAUCUAUUGUGGCAGCAGCAAAAAGUUCCAACUCAGCAGGACUUGCAGCUGGAGCGGCCUUUGGCUUUUUAGCAUCAUUCCUGUGCAUCUUGAGCAUAUGGCUAUCCUACAAAGUCUCGUGCAUCACUCAAUCAACAGAUGCUACUGUAUGAAUGAGUCUUUUGCUGGGCUCGCUAUGUAUGUACACCAAAUUAUAGAGACUCGAUGCCAAGAGAAGAGAUUGUGGGGACAUGCGUGAAGGAACAUUAUAUUGGUGAUCUUUUUCUCUUGGCUCUCAAGACCUUUUUCUCCAUGGACUGACCACCAAAGAGCUUUCUUCCUCUGAUUCUUCUCAAAUUCCUUUUCCAAAUUGGGAGCAGCAGCCAUAACUUCUACACUGCAUUGCCUUCAUGCCUAGUGCCUACAUUUGAUCAGCCAACAUUUUGGAACCCACAAAUUGUGAAAUGUCAUCUUUAAGUAUCCUGGUGUAUCUUUUCUUUUCAUUGAACCAGGAGAGAAACCAUCCUCUUUGAAAUCUAAAUGUCAGGGUUUUAUGCUUUCUGCUCUGAGUCAGCUCCAUGCUUUUUCAAACCACCUGGGAAGGAAAUGUGAAUUAGGAACUGCCUGAAACAUUCAUCUGUGGCAAGAAAAUGCUUUCAGAAAUCCUCUAUGAAGCACAAACUGUGACGUCUUUAGUAGAAACUGAUAAGUCUUUUCCUCAAGAUUGCCUCUCCUGGCUUUUAGUGCCUGAUGGCACAAAACAUUUUGUAUAAGUUGUUAUUAAUUUGCUCAAUGUGAAUAUUUCCUUUAAAAAGAACUUGUUUCCUCUGUAUCCUCAUGGCCUUUUUAGUUCAUUGUAAAUAUUUUAUUCAUGACAAAAUUUUAAAGCAGUUAUCACACUUCACUCUGUCAUCUUUUCUGAUGGAUUUGACAUGACUUUCCAGCACUGAUACAUGUCUAUGAGGUAAGUGGCUCCUUUGGUGAGAAAGACCCUCGUGAAACCAAAUUAAUCAUCAUCCACUUUUCUAAAUGAGCAAUUUAGUUGUGGUCAAUUCGGAUGACAGCUAUUCCAAAGGAAGGUUUUGUUCAAGCUGCGAUCUUGUUUGUUGGAUGUUUAUAAUUCAGUUCUUUAGUCACCACAGAUUCCAUUGCACAAUGUAAAAUUUGGCAGCAUUUUGGGAUUCCACGAAUUGCGUUCAAAAUACUGCUUAUGCUGCAUUUUUAAAGAGAUGAAUGCUCUCCCAAAGUACAACAGAAGUAUUCAUUGGACUCUUAAGGCAAACCUAACAAAAAAGUUGUAGGGACAAACACCAGUUCCAAAUAAUAUUCUGUUUCUGUUUAUUCAAUGCUUAGACCAUAGGUCUUUCACAUAGAAGGCAAAUAGAUAAAUACAUGAAAACCAGAUUAUUGACUUGGCUGACACAUGAAAACCAGAUUAUUGAAUACAAUAUAAAAUACACAAAAAAAUCCUAUAAAUCAUUAAAAUGCUACAUUUAUAUAUAGCAAGAUGCAUCCUUAAAAUACUACGUACUGUAUGGACUCGCACCUGCAUAAUUAAAAACCAGUUAAACCCAAAUAGAUUUUCUAUCUCUUUUCUAUCUAAUUAAAACCAGGUAAACUCCAAUAGAUUUUCUAUCUCUUGGCUGACACUAACCCUGUAGUUACUCACAAGGUGUCUCUUUUUGCCCUGGUAGCAGAAAUAUUUGUCACGGAUUUCAAUUUUCUUCCUACGCUGUCUUUAUAAUUCCAUUUGCAACAGGCCUAAUAUGUAUCUAUUUCAAUUUCCCAUGGCAUUUUGGGAAAAUAAUACUUGUUUCCUUCCCAUAGACAGGAAAAACAGAAGAAUUGGAGAGGAGACACCUCUGUCUGUCAUUUUCAUAUAGACCAGUGCCAUUAAUUAACAUUUAUUAUUGUCAUACCAGAGGUACACUAGCACUUUUAGAGCACAAAAUGAAGCAUUGCAUUAAGAAAGGCUCUAAUCAACCAGAGAUGGUUCAUGUGAGGUGCUCUUUGUGGGUGAAUUGUUUUUGCAUGAGAGGCCAGGCCACGAAGAGCUCAAGCGCUGAGGCCAUUACGGCUACAGACUUGGGGAAACCUUCAUUAAUAUUGCAUACACAGCAGUUUAUCAUGCAUGGGAGCAAACCAAUUAUGAUCUCGGUGCGCUUCAAUUUCACAAACAGUAGGCAAACAUAAGGAUGGGGAAAAAACCUGACCCAACUUUCCUUUUUAGAAACAGCAAGGACGUGUCCUAAUUUUUGUACAUCUUUUAAAGUAAAAGAUGCAUUGUUAAAAGUUGAGUUUGAAAAAGGGGAAAGGAUUGACAAGGAUAAUCAAGAUUGAGCACAUACUGCACCCAACAGAGAAGUAUGUUUAAAAGACUGUAGAUGUAAUAAAAGGUGAUGGUUACAGAAAAGGAAAACAAAGCACAGGGAGUCCCCAAGUUACAAACACCCAGUUUACAAAUGCCUCAUAGUUAAGAAUGGGGUAUUUUUUAUUUCAUGUCAAAAGCACUGCAUAAAUAAGUAUAAAGCUGAUAAAAAUAGGGAAAACACAAGCGGUUAAAUAAUUUUGACCAAAAACAGACAACAGCAACCAUAUUGUCUGUAGCUUUAAACAAUUUUCCCUCUGUGAAUAAAGCAGCGUGUUGUGGACAAGCAUACAUAUGUGGAGUUGUUUGUUUUGCUUCACAGCAACACAAGGUGGAGAAUUCUUCUAGGUAGUACCAUUUUGCCAGGUUGUCUUUCGCUUUGUUUUUUUAAAAAACAUAUUUUAUUAUGAUAUAAACACAAAUCAGCAAACCAUAUUCCAAGUGUUACAAGCAUAAAUCCCAAGUCAUUCAACAAAUAUUAAUGGCAUUAUGCUAGUAUACACGUAUGUAAAUUAUAUUUUCCCCUCCCUCUCCCUCCCUCCUCAACCACAGAAUAUUUCUACUAAUCCUGCAGAUCCAGCCACUGGUGAAGUCUUUUUAUUUUUUUCUUUGAUGUAAUGGUUGGCUUCUCCGUUUUUCACCCAGUUGAAGUAGACCUUCCACCUAUGUAUAAUGUCAUUUUGUUUGUCUGUUCUUAUUGCUUGCUUAGUCAUAAUUCCCGUAAUAUCUAACAACACUUGAUCAUACAUAUAAUCAUUCCAAUUAUUUAAUGUUCAUUUCAAUUUGUCUUUCUAUCCUCUAGCGAUCACCGCAUGUGCUGCUCUUAUUGUUACUUUAAAUAACUCCUGGUAAUUGAUUGAUAUAUUCUUGUGAUCCAACACUCCCCAUAGUAGUAAAUCAUUAUUAAUUUGAAUUUUUAUCUGCAAUAGCUCCUGAAUUUUUGCUUUUAUUUUUUGCCAGAAUUGUUUUAUUUCAGAACACUCCCACCACAUUUGUGAAUAAGUAUCUUUUUCUUUAUUACAGGCCAACACUUUGAAUUCAUCCCUUUUACCAUAUAAGCCAGUUGUUCAGGGGUUCUAUACCAUCUUAAUACCAUCUUUUUUCUAAUUCAUUAUAUUUUUCUGUUUUUAUUUUAUUCAUGUUGUCUUUUGAUCUCCCCACUCCACUUCUGUGCCUGUUCAGGGACUUCCAAGUUUCCCAUUUUUGGUUUGCCCCUGGAGGAAGACCCUCAGUACUCAGAAUCGUCUUUUGUUAAGAUAUUAGGUAAUUCCUAUGAAUAAGUGAUUCCCCCUUUAGCAAAGACAUUCAAUAUGCCACAUGGUACUUCCAUUCCAGUGUUGCCCAAUUAUCCUUUUGAAAAUCAUAGCUGUUCCAUGACUCCAAAGCAUAUGUCAGUUACGGAGUUCUCAAACGAAGAGAUAAAUAUUCUUGGAUGCAAUGGUUCUAAAUUCACAGGAGAUUUUUUCCCCAAAGACUCCUCAAGUCCAUGUGACAUUUUGUAUGUACUCUGACAUGUGACUUAAUAUAGCUAUACACACAGAUCAUGACAUCAUUAAAAACAAAA